AUGGCUGCUAACAAGCCGGGUCCGGUGUCGGUUGCCGAGCUAGGGAGCUGGCCUUUGUCUGUGCUGAAGAAUCUCCUGUGUGCAGGGGAUGGCAAUGAUGGGGAGCGUUUGAGUCGCUUGCGAGCAAUCUUGCGGGAUGGAAUGUGUGUUUAUUCGGAUUACAGUGGCCUGGCCGGUGAGUAUGAGAUCUGGACACAGAUGCGUGAAGCUUUGAAGCUGUUUGCUUCAGAACAUGCAGUGGAUGAUUUUCAGGACGUUUCAAUUCAGCAUGCUCGCUUUUGUGACAUUGGCAGUUUGCAGCAGACCGUUCUCUCACACAUCAGUGCAAUGUGCGGGAACCGUACAUGUGUCUUUUCAGAUAUCAAUGACAGAUUGCCAGCCACAGCCGUGAUGAUGCUAGAUUCUAUGCUGCCGAAUUCAAAGAUGAGUCGCGAGGACACUGCCCGAGCCUAUGCAGACAUGUUGGCUUGGCUUCAGGACAAUCGCCCGGCCCUGCAGCCAGAAGGUGAGGUCCCAGAACCUUCCCAGAAACGGUUGCGAAGGCGGCUGUUUCAGUCAGACUCUGAGUCCGGGCCAGUGCCAAGGAAGAAGCUGUUGGUUAACAUGGCUGGAACUACGUGCUGUGGUUGGAGCUCAGUUGGAAAGGGCUUGCAUUUUGCAGACCCGAGCGAAAGGCCGCAUGCGAUCUGGGUCACGGAGAGACGCCGGCGUGCAGAGAUGGACCUGGAGGAUGUCGUCUUCAGCGAGUGCACUACUCGCUACCCCGUCCAGGAGAAGCUCGGCGUCCUGCAAGAGACUCAUGAGAUCCUCAGCAUAGUGAUCAACCCGAUGGCCCUAGGCUGGCCAGUGAGACGGAAUCGCCUGUUUGCGUGCGCCUUGAAUCGGCAGAGCGUGGCAUGGAUGGGGCCAGGGCAGGAAGACUUGCUACCACACUUCCUCAAGUUCUGUGGGGCAGACCUCAUGCUCACUGGAGAUGUGUUUCUGGUAGCACCGAUGUCCGAGGUGUGUGAAGCCGAGAAUGCUAUGGCAUCGCGAAGGGGCUUCCGUGUUGCAGGAACAGAUCGGGUGUUGAGCAUGAGCCAAAUCUAUGCGCCCGGGAUGUUGAAUCGCUACCAUGGCUACGAGGAAGCCCGUGCUGCUCUUCUUGAAUCUGGUGAGGUAAGUGGGGAGUCUUGGUUCGCGGACCUGGACCAGACCCUGGGUGCAGGAACCAGCACCCCCGGGCAGGUGCUGCCCUCGGCCUUGACCCACUUCACAAUCCAUUCCUGGGCUGCGAAGAGGAUGGUGCUGAACAAGGAAGUGUACUUGGCUCAUGGAUACAACACAUAUCCAGAGGCCACCCGCUGGCCCAUCCCUUUCCAGGCUCAGGAUCAUGUGCUGUCGCUGUCCAGCAGUUCCCAGAAACAGCUGGUUGGCAAUGGGUGGCAUUUGCCAACUAUGGCUUCUUGGAUUUUCUACGUGUUGGCGCACACAGUCAAGAUCAACAGGGAAGCGAGCAUUGAACCAGAGAAGACCCUGCUUCGGCGAGGCGGCUCAAGUCUUGGAGGCCUGACUCGUGGAAGGUCCAGCCUCUCUCUGGGCAGCCCAUCAGACGUUUGCGAUUCACAAGAGACUUUGAGUCUUGGGGCCGACUGUUAG